AUGUCAUCUUCGGAUGCCAGCCGCGCGUCUGGUCGGCGGCCAGAAGCAGGCAAUGCGUCACGCCGCAGGCGCAGCAGCAGGAGUCUCGAGAGCAGAAACAGGGAGGACGGACGGAGCGAUGGGAACCCCAGAGAGGGUAGGGGCAGCUACCGGUCCAGCGAAGAUGCUUACUGCAAAGCGGCAGAUAGCAGCAGGUACAGUAGCAGAGAGGCUGAGGAAGCACGCGCUGAGAGGUACCGGCCACACUCCAGCCGCCGUCCCUUGGGGCGCAUGCGCGGCUGGAUGGAAGGAGAUGGCAGCAGCAACACUAGCAGCAACACUAGCAGCAGCAGUGCGAAUAUAUACGGCGGCAGCACGAAGAGCAGCAGCAGCAGAGGCGGAGGCAGCGGCACUCUGGAACGUGACGGCCAUACGCGAGAACUGCGAGACACCCGGCGCGAGAACCACAUGCGCUCCCGUUCAAGGGAGAGACAACGCGAAGGAGGACCUCCUAGCCGUGGAAGUGGUAGCAGCAGACAACGCAGCAGAAGCAGAAGCAGACAUCGUGUGGAAGGCAAAGACAGCAGCAGCCGGGUUGGCGAGGAGGACUGCAGGAGGCUGCCCUCGCGCGCUGACAGGCGAGGAGAGGGGGAUCAUAGAACUUGUCGCCAAAGCCCUUCCCGCUUGAGCAGCAGCAAAUCCAAAGAUCGCAGUGGCGAGAAGGAGGAGAUGCGAUGUCAGACUUCUUCCUCGGCUGUGCGAGACACCGAUGACGGCGCUGGUGACUCGGCAAGGGGCAGCCGCCUCCCCAAGCGAGUCUUAGAGGAGCCAGCCGAGGAUAGGGAGCUUGCCGCGGCAUCCUCAAAGGCCUCUCGUAAAGUCUCGGAAGAACGCAGUGCAUCUCCAAGCAACAGCAGCGACAAGAUCAGCCGGUUGGAGCGGUUUAGAGCUCUUAAAAGGCAGAAGCAACAGCCAGAAGGGGGGACCUCCGGGAAGGGCACUUCCUUCUCCUCCGGCAGCAGCAGCAGCAGCAACGCCUUCAACGAUUGGCUACCCGCUGCUCCAAAUGUGAAGUUCGCUGUAGGCAGCAGCGGCAGCAGCAGCAGAGGGACAGGGGGCAGCCACAACGGCACCAAAGGGGAAGGAGCUGCUGGUGCGACACCUGCGAGGAAUGGCGUGGCGUCGAAAGCAGCAGCUGCUGCUGCAAUUGCUGCUGCGCAAGCCGUUGCUUCCGCCGCUGCAGCUGCUGCCGCCACAGCAGCAGCAUCGGCUGCAGCUGUGGCUGCGCCUGAAGAAAGGCGGCAGCAGCAGCAAUCGCAGCAGCAGCAGGAAGCCUCCGAGAGCAAACGCCUUUCCGCUGGAGAAGCGCAGCAAGCAGCAGCAUCUGUGGGAUCAGUAGACACCCCAGCAUUGGCCGUCGAGGGAGAAGAUGCUGCCGCUGCGAUGGGAACAGCCACUGCGGCAGCAGAGGGCGUUGAGGAGAGUGUCAUGAAGCCACCCAAGCCGAUGUCUCGAAAUCGCCUCAAAAAGCAUCAGCAGGCGCUGCUGCUGAAGCAGCUGCAGCAGAAAACUACAACGGCUGCUCCAGAAGCGAAGGAAGACACCGAUCUUCUGGAUGCGUUCAUGUCAGCCCUUGAGUCCGAAGCGAAGGAAGAGCUGAGCGCAGCAAAGGCCGAGGACGAAGGCCAAGUCGAAGCGCUCGAGUGUAUCUCCAGCCGGGCUGCAGAGCCGCCACGACUUCAAAGCAUCUCCUUGGAGGAAAUCAGUAGGUGGCAAGAGGUAGAGGCGAACUAUCUCCCUCCUGCGGCUGUUGCAAAGGCAGCAGGGGCAAACGCGGCCGUAGCACCAGCGUCGACAACAGAGGCUGCGACGCCCCCUGCAGCGGAGGGUGUGAAGGGUGAAGGCGAGCAGCAGGAGUCAUUGGUAGCAAUGGAGUCAGAGGAAACACAAGCAGCAGCUGCUGCUUGUGUUUCCUCUGACUCGCCGCGCGUGAAGCAGGAGCUGGAAGCGGACGCAGCAGCUCCGUCGGCUUCCGUCGGGGCAGCACGACAAACAGCCUCUGCGGGAAAAACAGCAGCAGCGCAGAGUGCAGCUACUGACGAGGGGGAAGGAGGCGUCAAAGCCGAAGGCGAAGCCUCAGAGGCAUCGACGGCGACAGCGCUGUCACUGGCAGGAGGCGAGGGUCCUAAUGACGAGGACGAAAAGUAUCACGAGCUGUUUCUUGAAACUUUGCGGAAAGGUCGCCAGAAGCAGCUUCCGCGCGAGAGGGGGACGAAAGGCGGGGGGGGGAAAGAGGACAAGGCGGAGGCUUCCUCUAAGGACGCAGAUGUCGAGGAGGAAGAGGUGCUGCUGUAUUCGGAUCAUGAGGAAGAGGAGGAGGAGGCAGCAGCGGCGGCUCAAGAGGCCGCAGCCGCUGCUGAGGCUGCUGCGGCUUUAGAGCAGAAUACAGCCGGAGAAGACAACGACACGCAGGCGAAAGAGCAGUUGGCGAAUUUGUCGUAUUUUGACCUCGUGAAGCGCGUUGGACUGAAAAAGGAGCUGCCGCUCGUGGAUCAUGCCUCCUGCAAGUUUCCUCCCAUCAAGAAGAAUCUUUAUGUUCAGGUAAAGGAGCUGACGGAUCUGAAAGACCACGAAGUCGAGGCUCUACGCAAAACAAAUGGGAACAUAAAGGUUCGGGGGAAACAGUGUCCUCGUCCUGUCAGUGCAUUUCACCAGUGUGGGCUGCCGGAGAAGGUUCUUAGACACCUGGAAAUGCGGGGGUUCGAAAAGCCGUUCCCCGUACAGAGUCAGUGCAUGCCUAUUUUGAUGUGUGGGAGAGAUCUCAUAGCUGUGGCGGAGACGGGCAGCGGCAAGACUCUUGCUUACACCCUGCCCCUGGUGCGGCACGUGCUGAGUGUUAAGCGGCAGUACAAGGAUUACUUGGCUAAACAAAAGGAAGAGAAGCUGCAGCAGCAGCAGCAGCAGGAGCUCGUCGACGCUGCAGCUGACGGGGACGCCAACCGCGUCACCUCUACCCCCGAUUCCGCAGCCGCUGCUGCCGAAUCGAAGGGCAAGCCACGUGGAAGGCAGAACGCACAGGACGGAGAUGAUCAGGACCGCGAUAGAUUCAGGAAAAAUGAGAAAGGCGAGAGGAUGCUCAUUUACGGAAAUUUUAAGGAAGGCAUGAUCGGCCUGGUGAUCGCCCCCACGCGAGAAUUGUCGCUCCAGAUUUCAAAAGAAGUUUCGCGGCUGUGCAAGCUGGUGGAUCUGAACGUGGCCUCCCUGUAUGGAGGUGCAGGCAUCGGAGGUCAGCUCGGGCAGAUCCGCCGGGGUGUCGAUGUUGUUGUGGGAACGCCGGGGCGCCUUAUCGACGUUUUGACUCUUAACUCGUGCAAAUUUACGAGCUUGAAGCGUGUCACCUUUGUUGUGCUUGACGAGGCGGACCGAAUGUUUGAUUACGGCUUCGAGCCGCAGAUCUCGUCAAUCCUGAGAAGCACCCGCCUCGACAGGCAGACGUGUCUGUUUUCUGCUACGUUUCCCUCGCAUAUCGAAUCGCUUGCUCGCCGGAUCCUCUACAAGCCAAUUGAAGUUGUCGUUGGCGAGAAGGGCCGUACAGCUGCCAAGGUGCAGCAGUACGUUGAAGUCAUGGAUGAAGAACGCAAGUUCUACAGGCUGCUGCAACUGCUUGGAGACUGGCAGGACUAUGGCUCGAUCAUCAUUUUCGUAAACAAGCAGAUCGAGGCUGACGAGCUGUUUGCGGAGCUUUUGAAGUACGGAUACCAGGCCCUUGUUCUUCAUGGAGGGCAAGACCAAACGGACCGGGAAUUCACAAUCCAGGAGUUCAAAGAUGGCACAAAAACACUCUUAAUCGCGACUAGUGUAGCGGCCCGAGGCCUUGACGUUCCUUCUGUGGUUCUGGUAAUCAAUUACUGCUGCCCUUCGCAUAUUGAAGACUACGUGCACCGGAUCGGGCGCACAGGGAGGGCGGGCAACAUUGGAGUUUCUUACACGUUUAUAACGCCUCAGGAAGCAGACAAGGCGGAGGAGCUCGAAGGGGCUCUCAUCCAGUCCGGUCAGACGGUGCCCCCUGCCUUGGCAGCUCUCAGUUCGGAGUUUCGCGUGCAGUGCAACAUGGGCCUGGCGCAGAGGAAGAAACGGGGGGGAUUCGGAGGUAAGGGAUUUACGUUUUCUGUCACGGAGAGGAGCCGGCAGCAGCAGCAGAUGCAGCAGGCCAAGAAGGAACUUUCGGGGGCGAACGACUUUGACGAAGUUGAAGAAGUCGAGCUGCUGCUACAGCGGGACGAUUUCGCGCCUCCCCCUAACGUCCCCCAAACCCCACUCGCACUCACGAACACCAUGUCUACAAUGGAUGCAGCAAUGGCUGCUGCUGCUGCUGCUGCCGCUGCGCGAGGUGGCGGAGCCGGAACGUCUUCUGGCUCCCUGCAGUCCGCCGUCGAAGCAGCUGCUGCAAAGGCUGCCUUGCUGGCGAAACACCAGCUGGUGGGAACCGACUCCGUCAUGCAGCCACGCAGCUCCACUGAGGCUGUUGCCCGCGUUAAACUCGUUGCCAAAAUCCUGAAGCUUCAAGACACAGAACUCGCAAAGCGCCCGCCUCCUACACCACCUCCUGCCCCUCCCGGCUUGCCACCUCCAGGCAGCGAAAAGACGAAGCUAACAAUCGAUCAGCAGGUGGAGCUCAUGCUGCAACAAGCACUGAAAGGCCUUCCGGAGGCAGACAGAGGGCAGUACAAAGAGAAGCUGCGCGACGCAUACAAGAAGCACUUGUCACCGCGUCCCAAAGUUCAGCAGAAGGUUGCGCCGGGCAUGCAGCUAGCGUUAGCGAGCUCUGUUACAGGACAGGCAAUUCCAACGGAGAAAGACCCUUUCAUCGAGGCGGCCGCGGAAGCGCUGUCUAUUCUCAAACAGGGCACCACUGCAAGUUCGACUCAGCUACAGGCGGCUCUGGACAAGAUCAAGGCAUUUUCUGACUCGGGAGAACUGGCGGCAGCUAUCAGCAGUGUGUCGGCACCCUCUAAUCCAACGCUAGGCAAGGUCCCUGGGCUUUCGGAAAAGGGCUUUGUCUGCCCGGAGACAGGGAACUUUGUUGAUGAACUUGAAAUCAACGAUUACCCACAAGUGGCGCGCUACAAACUUACACAGAAGGAGUUAAUGUCGCGCAUCAUGGAGGAAACGGGGGCAGUGCUGUACGUGAAAGGGCAGCAUGUGGAGCCGGCACUUAAACACCGCACACAGCUGGCCCCUGGGGUUAAGUUUUUGCAUGUGGAAAUCAUAGCCCCAACGCCCAUUCAAGUCCAGAGAGCCAGGCAUGCGGUGUAUGAGUUGGUCGAGUCUAUUGCCUUAAAGUCGCUCAAUCUGACAGCAACUCAGCGCCAGUCAGUGGGGCGUUAUUCGGUUGUCUAG